UGAGUGAAGACAACAGAACUGGUAACAUUGAAUUACCUCUCACGGGUAGGUAAAGAAAGUUGCAGUUUUGAUUAUCUACAGAAAAGUUUCUCUAUUUUCUUCAGAUAUCCAUAUCGCUUAACAGACUUUUCUUCCAUUCUGAGUGGAGGGUAAACUAUGAAGCUUCUGAUGCCACGAACUUUCAUGGCCAUAACUCUCAGAUCAUUCCGCAGGGCUUCUUUCUGCAGUUCUGCUUUGAAAUGGGAAGGUGGGGUGUCAAUGGUGCAAGGUGCUUCAAGAGGAAUUGGGCUAGAAUUUGUUAGACAACUGUUGGAGAAAAAAGACAAAGGGCACGUCAUUGCCACAUGUCGGAAUCCCAAUGGAGCAACAUCCCUUCUUGAUUUGAAAAGGAAGUUUGAUGAACGCCUUAGCGUACUACAGUUGGAUGUGACGAAUGAGAAUACCAUAGAGGUGUCUGCGAACUCCAUAAGAGAAAGAUAUGGGUCCUUAAACCUUCUAAUUAAUGCAACUGGUGUUCUUUCAAUACCUGAUGUGUUGCAACCAGAAACAACAUUGAGUAAGGUACAAAAGUCAUCUCUGCUCUUUGCUUAUGAGGUUAAUGCAGUGGGCCCCAUUUUAGUUACCAAGCACAUGUGGCCUCUUCUAAAAGUGGGAGGAGGCUCUGGGACUGAAAGGGAUGUUGCUGUAGUGGCAAACUUAAGUGCAAGAGUAGGGUCCAUUGGAGACAAUCGAUUAGGGGGUUGGCAUUCAUAUCGAUCAUCAAAGACAGCACUUAAUCAGUUGACAAAAACUGUGGCAGUAGAAUUCGCACGGAAGAAAGAUCCAGUCAUUUGUAUUUUAUUGCACCCAGGAACAGUGGAUACAGAUCUCUCAAGGCCAUUUCAGAGAAAUGUUCCAGAAAGCAAGCUCUUCACCAAGGAAUUUUCAGUGCAGAAGCUCUUAAGCAUCAUCGAUGGUGUGAAGAGCAAUGACAAUGGAAAGUUCUUUGCUUGGGAUGGGCAGGAGAUUCCUUGGUAAUUAUCCAUUUUUUUCCCUACCAUCCCAGAGA